AAUGUGCUUCACUUUAAUGUGCUUCAAUUCCAAGUACUACAAUUCUAAGUUCUAGUAGGUGAUUAAUGAUGUAGACAGUAAGGAAGAGAGGUAAUAAUUGACAGAAAUCCAAAAUGGCGAUGACUGUAAUUUGAGCCCCCUUAUGUGGCUGGUAUAUGAGCCCCAAAUUUUGAGGGGCUCAUAUUACAUACACUACAUCUUGUGUUCCUAAUUUUAUUUUUUCAUAUGCCACAAGUUCUGAAGAUCUGAACAAGACACCUGAACCUAAAAGAAAAAAAAUGGAACAGAUAAUAUGAUCAUGGCUAUCAAGGCAAUUAGGAAGAAAGAAAUGGGUUUAAAAAGGCUGCUAAGACAUUUUCAGUUCCAAGACAAACUCUUCAAAGACUUACUCAUAGUAAAAAAUCACCUGAAGAGGCAGCAGCCACUCGUCUGGGGAGGAAAACAAUAUUGGGAGAUAAGCUGGAGAAAUAACUUGUUGAAUAUCUGCUCCAAAUGGAGAGCAAGUUCUAUGACCUGACCAGGCAAGAUGUUCGCCGAGUAGCAUUCCAACUUUGCGAAAGGAAUGGAAUAAUUAUUGAUAAGACCAAGCCCACAAAAGACGAUCCUGUCCUUCUCAUCCCAGAUGGGCACAACACUCACACAAAAAACAUAGAUGUUAUGAACCUUGCUUGGGACAACUUCAUACCAAUUAUGAGUUUGCCUCCACACACGUCACAUAAACUACAACCAUUGGACAAGUCAUUCAUGGGGCCUCUGAAACACCACUACAGUGAACAAAUAUGGCACUUUAUUCGACAUAGUGAGAAACAAGUGGGACCUUGUGACAUCGCAGAGCUUCUAGGACAAGCAUACCUUGCUUGACAGUCAGGUUCCAUAGCUGUGAAUAGAUUCAAAACGACCGGACUGUAUCCAUGCAACAAAAAUGUUUUCUCUGAUGCAGACUUUGCACCAUCAUCUGAAGAUAUGGAAACUCUGCUACAAGCGAGGAAGAGAAAGUAAACACAGUCAGAAAUGGUAGGUCUACACAGCUUUCAACAGUCAGAGGAGGACGUCGAUCACCCAGAGAUCAUACAAAGCCCGAAUGAGAACAACCUACCCCAAACCAUCAUCCAUCAACAACCCAGCACAUCCACCUCGUCAUUUCAACCAUCUGCUGAAGAGUGAAGACCUAGCUCUCGCAGGUCCAUCCAGUGCUCUACCAACACUGAAACCAACUGAAAUAUCAGUUGAUGAUACAACUCAAAGAAAAAUUAAGGAUAAGUAAUGACUUAGAAAAUGUACUAAGAAACAAUUGUGGGGGAUUUCCCCUGGAGUUCAUAAUGAACAUCAAAUCGAAUACUGAUGCUAAAAAUGCAUCCAGGUACUCAGAUUUGAUGAAACAGUUUUCCCUCACCCUACAUUUCUAUUCCCCUAAAGCCUAUCAAUUUCUCUGUAAAAAUUUCCCUCUUCCUCACCCAAAUCUCUAAAAUCCUGG